UGAUUCUAUCACAAAUUACAACAAAACAUAUAAACAUCGCCAAAUGGCAAGGCUUAGCAUAUGUGUGUUUAUUUUGCUAUGCGCGUUUGCCUCUAAAGCAGCCGCUCAAACAGCUUCUAACGUAAGAGCUACCUACCAUUACUACUAUCCCGAGCAAAACGGUUGGGACCUUUACAAAGUAAGUGCGUACUGCUCAACGUGGAAAGGAGACCAACCGCUCGAAUGGCGUAGGAAGUAUGGGUGGACAGCUUUUUGUGGUCCGGUCGGACCGCGUGGUCGUGAUUCUUGCGGAAGAUGCUUAAGGGUAACGAAUACUGCGACCGGAGCACAAGCUACUGUGAGAAUCGUGGAUCAAUGCAGUAACGGUGGUUUGGACUUAGACGACGGCGUUUUCAAACAGCUCGACACCAACGGUCAGGGAUACGCUCGUGGGAACAUGAUUGUCAACUACGCCUUUGUCAAUUGCUGAAAGACCUUUAAAGUUCAUCCAACAUUCACCAUCUUGCAUCUUAUUAUCAUCACCAUAUAUUGUAAGAUAAAAUAAAUACCUCGACCUCACUCCUUCAUAGUAAAGAUAAAUUAUUACUGUAUCCAUGUGUGUAAGUUGCUAAGAAAUAAAAUUUGCAAAAAAAAUAAAGAAGUUACUAAGAAAUAAA